CUCCUCUCUUCUCCUCCCCUCCAGUCCUCUUGUCUUUCUCCCAUGGUGAUGGAGCCGGAACAGGAGCAAGAGCCGGAGCAGCACCAGCAGAGGCGCCAGGAACAACAAAGCUGUCCAGAGAGGAAAGGACAGAAGCGUAAACUGGAAGAGGAAUUUGAAGAAGAACGAGAGAUCUCGCUCGCUUCUCCCGACGCUCACAAGGCCUUAGCGUCGGAGUUGAGUGCCCAAGUUCAGAUUCUUAACUCUACUUACUCUUGGAAAGAAGCGGAUCGAGCAGCCGCCAAGCGUGCAACUCAUGUUCUUGCUGAGCUUGCCAAAAAUGAAGAAGUGGUGAACGCCAUCGUAGACGGCGGUGCAGUCCCUGCUUUAGUGAGGCAUCUUCAGGCGCCGCCACCUUCGGGGGACGGAGACAGUGACCAGAAGCCGUUCGAGCAUGAGGUCGAGAAAGGAAGUGCUUUUGCUCUUGGACUUCUCGCAGUAAAGCCUGAGCAUCAACAGCUCAUAGUUGAUGCUGGUGCUUUGUCUCAUCUUGUGGCCCUAUUAAAAAGUCAAAAAGAUGGUUCUAAUUCUCGGGCUGUCAAUAGUGUUAUUCGGAGAGCAGCUGAUGCAAUCACUAACCUUGCUCACGAGAAUAGCAGCAUUAAAACUCGUGUCAGGAUUGAAGGGGGAGUUCCUCCUCUUGUUGAGUUGCUUGAGUUCAAUGACACAAAGGUGCAGAGAGCAGCUGCAGGGGCCUUGCGAACCCUAGCAUUCAAAAAUGAUGAAAACAAAAAUGAGAUUGUAGAAUGCAAUGCACUUCCUACACUGAUUCUAAUGCUUCGGUCGGAGGAUGCUGCUAUACAUUAUGAAGCGGUGGGUGUCAUUGGUAAUCUGGUCCACUCGUCCCCCAAUAUUAAGAAAGAAGUUCUCCUUGCUGGGGCUUUACAACCUGUCAUUGGACUACUCAGCUCCUGCUGUCCGGAGAGCCAAAGGGAGGCAGCUUUGUUACUUGGGCAAUUUGCUGCGACAGAUUCAGAUUGCAAGGUGCACAUUGUACAGAGAGGUGCUGUCCGGCCUUUGAUUGAUAUGCUUCAGUCUCCGGAUGUACAACUUAGGGAAAUGUCAGCCUUUGCAUUGGGGAGAUUGGCACAGGAUAUGCACAACCAAGCUGGCAUCGCUUAUAAUGGUGGUCUAGUGCCAUUGUUGAAGCUUCUCGACUCAAAGAAUGGGUCUCUACAACACAACGCUGCUUUUGCCCUUUAUGGUCUUGCAGACAAUGAGGACAAUGUUUCUGAUUUUAUCAAAGUAGGAGGUGUUCAAAAGCUGCAAGAUGGAGAAUUUAUUGUUCAAGCAACAAAAGACUGUGUGGCUAAAACACUGAAAAGACUAGAGGAGAAGAUACCUGGAAGAGUAUUGAAUCAUUUGUUAUAUCUGAUGCGCGUCGCAGAUAAGAUCUUCCAAAGACGAGUUGCAUUAGCUCUUGCUCAUCUUUGUUCACUUGAUGACCAAAGAACAAUAUUCAUUGAUAACAAUGGGUUAGAGUUGCUUUUGGGUCUUCUUGGGUCUACAAGCCUAAGGCAGCAACUAGAUGGUUCUGUAGCCCUGUACAAGUUGGCUAACAAAGCCACCACACUCUCUCCUAUGGAUGCAGCUCCUCCAUCUCCAACGCCCCAGGUAUAUUUGGGUGAGCAAUAUGUAAAUAAUGUGACGCUAUCGGAUGUUACCUUUCUUGUUGAAGGUAGACGGUUCUAUGCUCACAGAAUUGCUCUUCUUGCUUCUUCAGACACAUUUCGUGCAAUGUUUGAUGGUGGCUAUAGGGAAAAGGAUGCAAGAGACAUAGAGAUUCCGAAUAUAAAGUGGGAGGUCUUUGAGUUGAUGAUGAGGUUCAUAUACACAGGUUCGGUAGAUGUUACAUUGGAUAUUGCACAGGAUCUUCUUAGAGCUGCAGAUCAGUAUCUCUUGGAGGGACUGAAGCGGCUCUGUGAGUAUGCCAUUGCACAGGAUAUUUCUUUGGAUAAUGUUUCAAGCAUGUAUGAACUUUCUGAGGCCUUCCAUGCUAUUUCAUUAAGGCACACUUGCAUCUUGUUUAUCUUGGAACAGUUUGAUAAAUUGAGUGCCAAGCCUGGGUAUUCUCAUCUGAUCCAGCGGAUAAUACCAGAGAUUCGUAACUACUUCUCUAAAGCUCUGACCAAACCAAACCUACGAAAUACUCUGUUAUAGAUGCUCAGUACUGACCUUUUAUUGCCAACUAACCAGAGAUGGGUGAUAGAGACUGUACAGUACUACAGUGGAGGUUCAAGUCACUGAUUGCACAAGACACAGGUUAUGUAGAGCAAAUUGUCGAUGUACCAUCUCGUCUGAUAUCAGAGUCCCUUGGCCUGUUAAUUGUCUGUAGAAUCCGAUAUAAUCCUUUUCUGCUUCUAGGUUGGAGGGAAAAAACAGGGAUACCCUGGAUGAGGGGUGUCCCAUCCUCUAUUUCAUCCACUCGUUAAUGUCAUUUUUGUGGUGUUAGUGACCAUUAUCUUUUAACUUUCUCAUUAAUUGAGUAAUCAAACAAGGCUGUUACACUCUUU